GGCGUCACGAGGCUCCUACGAAGACCCUGGGAUACGUAGUAGUUCUCAAGGUGGAUUCUUCCCUUCGUUGCCACAACUCAAGGACUACAUUUCCCAAAAUGCCUCGCGGCGGCGCGCCGACAACCCCCUGACGCCGUGAUUGGUCGAUGAGCCGGCCGCACGCGGAGGAGCUCCUGGAGCAGCUCUGUUGCGACAGAGGCCGAGCGGCGCGGCCCUACUGCCUGCAGGAACAGUAACCUACCCCUGUGGUUCAACACCAUGCCCUCCGACCUGGCCAAGAAGAAGGCAGCUAAAAAGAAGGAAGCUGCCAAAGCUCGACAACGGCCCAAAAAGGGGCAUGAAGAAAACGGAGAUGCCGUUACAGAACCACAGGUGGCAGAAGAGAAGAAUGAGGCCAAUGGCAGAGACACCACAGAAGUGGAUUUGCUGACCAAGGAGCUAGAAGACUUUGAGCUGAAGAAAGCUGCUGCUCGAGCUGUCACUGGCGUCCUGGCCUCUCAUCCCAAUAGUACCGACGUCCACAUCAUCAACCUCUCACUCACCUUCCAUGGUCAGGAGCUGCUCAGUGACACCAAACUGGAACUAAAUUCUGGCCGUCGUUACGGCCUCAUUGGCUUAAAUGGAAUCGGGAAGUCCAUGCUGCUGUCUGCAAUCGGGAAGCGUGAAGUGCCCAUCCCUGAGCACAUCGACAUUUACCACCUGACCCGUGAGAUGCCCCCUAGUGACAAGACCCCCUUGCAGUGUGUGAUGGAAGUGGACACAGAGCGUGCCAUGCUGGAGAGGGAGGCUGAGCGGCUGGCUCACGAGGACGCGGAAUGUGAGAAGCUCAUGGAACUAUACGAGCGCCUGGAGGAGCUGGAUGCUGACAAGGCAGAGAUGAGGGCCUCACGGAUUUUGCAUGGACUUGGUUUCACACCUGCUAUGCAGCGCAAGAAGCUAAAAGACUUCAGUGGGGGCUGGAGGAUGAGGGUUGCCUUAGCCAGAGCCCUCUUCAUCCGGCCGUUCAUGCUGCUCCUGGAUGAACCCACCAACCACUUGGACCUAGAUGCUUGUGUGUGGUUGGAAGAAGAACUAAAGACUUUUAAGCGUAUCCUGGUCCUCGUGUCGCACUCUCAGGAUUUCUUGAAUGGUGUCUGCACCAAUAUCAUCCAUAUGCACAACAAGAAACUCAAGUAUUAUACGGGUAAUUAUGAUCAGUAUGUGAAGACACGGCUGGAGCUGGAGGAGAACCAGAUGAAGAGGUUUCACUGGGAGCAAGACCAGAUUGCACAUAUGAAGAACUAUAUUGCUAGAUUUGGUCAUGGAUCCGCCAAGUUGGCCCGGCAGGCCCAGAGCAAAGAGAAGACACUGCAGAAAAUGAUGGCAUCAGGACUGACAGAGAGGGUCGUGAGUGACAAGACGCUGUCAUUUUAUUUCCCACCGUGUGGCAAGAUCCCACCCCCUGUUAUUAUGGUGCAGAAUGUGAGCUUCAAGUAUACAAAAGAUGGGCCUUGCAUCUACAAUAAUCUAGAAUUUGGUAUCGACCUCGACACACGCGUGGCCCUCGUGGGGCCCAACGGAGCAGGGAAGUCCACUCUUUUGAAGCUGCUAACUGGAGAGCUGCUGCCCACAGAUGGGAUGAUCCGGAAGCACUCCCAUGUCAAGAUAGGGCGUUACCAUCAGCAUUUGCAGGAGCAGCUGGACUUGGAUCUCUCACCUUUGGAGUACAUGAUGAAGUGCUACCCAGAGAUCAAGGAGAAGGAGGAGAUGAGGAAGAUCAUUGGGCGAUAUGGCCUGACUGGGAAGCAGCAGGUAAGCCCAAUUCGGAACCUGUCUGACGGGCAGAAGUGCCGGGUCUGUCUGGCCUGGCUGGCCUGGCAGAACCCUCACAUGCUCUUCCUGGACGAACCCACCAAUCACCUGGACAUCGAGACCAUCGACGCUCUGGCAGACGCCAUCAAUGAGUUUGAGGGUGGCAUGAUGCUCGUCAGCCAUGACUUCAGACUCAUUCAGCAGGUCGCACAGGAAAUUUGGGUCUGUGAGAAGCAGACAAUCACCAAAUGGCCUGGAGACAUCCUGGCCUACAAGGAGCACCUCAAGUCUAAGCUGAUUGAUGAGGAGCCCCAGCUCACCAAGAGGACCCACAACGUAUGAGCCCUCAGCUAGGCUUGGGUCAGGAGUGCCACCUGACCAUCGCUCAGGACAGGACCCCGGGGCCACACUCCCACGCUGCUGCACUACCGUCCCCAGCCUCUUCCCGCCUCAGCCUGCCUCUGCUGCACUCUGUUACCUUACCGACGGCCAGACAGCGCCCGUUGCCUCCCAUCCUCCUUCCAAUUCCAUCUAUCCAGUCUGGACUCAGCUGGCUUUUCCCUUGGCUCCUUGCUGGUUACUCUGCCCUGAGAAGCUUGCAGCAGAGGUGCUGGGUUAGCCCAGCCCACGGCUCUGGAUUUGGCCUGUGGAGGAGUUUAAGAGCCUCAUUUUCUGGGUCUUGGUGAUGUUGGAGGAAUGUUCCCAGCCCACCACCCCAUUCCUUUAUGCUUCCAACUUGGAGCUCUGAGCCAGAGCCUUACUAGUUCUGGUCAGUUUUUUAAUAGUUAUUUUAACAGUGUAACUUUUAGACCUGCGUGACAUCUACAAAGCAUCCAAUAAAGAAAGAGGAAGCCAUGUCCCCU